AUGGAGAGACAAACCACAGCUGUCAAAAACGCUGUUAAGGAGGAGUUCCGGACGGACGUUACCCUCAACCGGGUGGCGAAGUUCGCCCGCACUGCACCCAGGCACUUCCCAUCAGCUGCUAAACAGUACCUUGCCGACAAGCUUCCUAUCGUCCAGUGGUUGCCACGAUAUUCCCCGCCAUGGCUCCUCCAGGACUUCAUGGCUGGUCUCACGAUCGGGGUCUUACUCAUUCCUCAAGGUUUAGCUUAUGCUAAGAUCGCAACAAUUCCUAUUGAGAAUGGUCUUUACUCUUGUUGGGUUCCUGCUGCCGUGAUGGUGUUUAUGGGGACAUCAAAGGAUCUAUCGACGGGACCAACUUCGAUCCUGGGUCUACUAACUGCAGAAAUUAUCCGCGAUCUUAAGAACGAGUACUCCAGCGCCGAUAUCUCAUCAGCCGUGGCCAUGAUGGUGGGUAUCUGGUCUCUCCUUAUAGGCUUGCUUGGGCUCGGAUUCCUCCUCGAUUACGUUUCGAUCCCCGUCCUUACCGGAUUCAUAUCUGCAACAGCCUUCGUCAUCGGCAUGGGCCAAGUCGGCUCCCUAGUCGGACUCAGCAACGUACCAGACGGUGCCUUCAACCAGCUAGCUGACAUCCUACGACGUCUUCCGCAUUGGGACGGUCCGACUUGCGGAAUCGGGUUCGGAACCGUAGUUGUCCUACUAGCCCUCGAGAAGUUAGGCAAGACAUGGGGUAACAAGCACUUCGCCAUCAGGUACAUAUCGAGCAGCAGGGCGAUCAUUGUGAUGGUAAUCUUCACUUUGAUCUCGUACCUCGUUAACAAAGAUCGUGAUGACUACCUGUGGUCUAUUAGUGAAGUUAAUACCCAUGGAAUUCAACACCCGAAAGCCCCAGGCGGCGACCUUCUCGCAAAGGUCGCGGCUCGAUCCAUCGCUCCCUUAGUCGCAUGUACCCUCGAACACCAAGCAGUUGGCAAGGCAUUCGCCCGCCGGAACCACUACUCCAUCGAUCAAACUCAGGAGUUCAACUACCUCGGUGUUACCAAUAUUGUCAACUCAUUCUUUGGCGCAAUGCCCGUCGGCGGAGCUAUAUCUAGAACGGCCGUCAACUCGGAGUGUCACGUCAGGAGCCCCCUGAACGGCGUCGUUACUGCGGGUUUCAUCAUCUUGACUCUAUACGUGUUCUCGCCAGCUCUUUAUUGGUUACCUAAGUCUAGCUUAGCUGCUAUCAUCAUCAUGGCCGUAAUACACCUCUUCGGACCGGUCUCCCUAAUCUGGCGCUACUGGCGCAUCUCCCUCGCCGACUUCAUCGCCUGCAUGGUGGCCUUCUGGGUUACCAUCUUCGUCUCGGCCGAGAUCGGUAUCGGCGCCGCUGCAGGAUGGAGCGUAGCAUGGACGCUUCUCCGAUCCGCAUUCGUAACACCGUCGAUUCACGCCAGCAAAACAGCAGACAACUCGGGCACGCUGCAGCCGCUCGCGCGGGUCUCGACGCAGAUACCGCAGAACGGGGCGACGGAGAAUAUCGGAGGCCCAGUUAUCCCCGAUGACACAGUGGUAGUGCGCUUCGCGGAUUCGCUGUUCUUCCCGAACGCGAACCGCAACAAGAUCAAUGCGCUCGAGGCUAUCCAGCUCGUGUACCCGUCGGUUCAGAACCCAACUUACAGCGCGGAUGCGGAGCGCCUAUGGAGCGUAGCAGCUGAGCAACGGCUAGAGCGUCUUCGCACGGCGCGAGGUGUCGUCAUGCGCCAGAUGCCUCUAGCUGUUGUGAUUUUGGACUUCGGCAUGGUGCCGUUCAUCGACGCGACAGGCAUUACAGCCUUAGCAGAGCUCAAGGAUGAUAUCCGCCGCCAGCUCGGGUUCGGCGUGCAAAUACGGAUCGUGGGCAUGACGAAGGGCGUGCGCCGUCGCUUCAAACGCGCUAGCUGGAAACUUGCGGACGCGGAUGACCUGCUUGAUGGCGAUGCUGAUAUUGUGUAUCCUUCCUUAGAGAGGGCUAUUUGGGAUGAGCGUGACCGGGACAGUUUGAAGGGUAUUACGACGGAGAAGGUGUAA